AUGACAACAGAGAAAAAUAAUUCUGAAAAGGAUGAUUAUGAUCCGUUAGAACAUCGCCAAGUUGAGAAGCCCAAUUCAGACUUAAGAGCUACAGCCAAUAUAAUAAAAGCAUCACUCGGAUCUGGCCUAUUGGCUGGGCCUUUAGCAUUUUCCAAUGCAGGCUGGGGAGUCGGCAUAUUCGGAACAAUUGUGAUAGGGAUUAUAUGCGGACAUUGCAUCCAUAUACUGGUGAAGACAUCACGUGAAUGUUGCAAAGUGGAAAAAAUACCAUCGUUAGGUUAUGCUGAAACAUGUAAAACUGUGUUUAAAAAUGGGCCUAAAGCACUUAGACGAUAUUCUAAAGCUGCCAGUAUUUUCGCUGAAUUCUCCUUAUUAUCCACGUACGUCGGUGUAUGCUGUAUAUAUACUGUUCUUAUAUCAGAUUCAAUCAAGCAGCUGGUGGAUCGCUACGUUCCGUCUGUAAUAUUACCAGUGGAAUAUUACUGUUUAAUUAUAUUGAUACCUCUAUGUUUACUAUGUCAGAUAAAAUAUUUGAAAUUUCUGGCCAUAUUUUCACUUUUAGCAAACAUUUUACUCGUAGCAACCUAUGGUAUAUGUCUGUAUUAUAUUUUUGGAGAUGAAAUAUCCUUUUCUGAUAAGAAAGUAGCAGGCAAUCCAGCACGAUACCCUGCAUUUAUUUCUACAGUUAUCUUUGCCAUGGAAGGUAUUGGUGUAGUGAUGCCAGUAGAAAAUAAUAUGAAAAAACCGAGACACUUCCUCGGUUUCCCAAGCGUCCUUGUGGUGGCAAUGUCCAUAAUUGUAUUCCUUUACGGCACACUGGGUAUGUUCGGAUACUUUAGAUAUGGAGAUGUAUUAAGAGGGUCCAUCACUUUGAACUUGCCGAUUGAAGAAUGGCCAGCAGUAUGUGCAAAAAUAUUUAUAGCGCUAUCUAUUUUCUUCACUUAUCCACUACAAUUCUUUGUAGUUAUCGAUAUAUUCACGAAGUACACUGAGCCUCAUAUAAAAGAAAAAUAUCAAUUUACCACUCAAAUUGUUGCAAGAACAGUGGGCGUAUGUUGUUGUGUGGCUAUCGGCAUCGCUCUACCACUAUUAGAACAAAUCAUUAACAUCGUCGGAGCCUUCUUUUACUCCACACUGGGGCUUAUCAUCCCCGGUAUCAUAGAGACGGUGUUCCGUUGGAACAAUCUCGGAAGACUCAAAUGGAUUUUAUGGAAAAAUCUACUAAUCGUCUUAUUCGGUCUUCUCUGCUUAAUAUCUGGUUGUACCGUUACCAUUAUGGAUAUAAUACAAAUUCUUCAUAGUAAAACAGUAUAA